AACGCCCUUAACUAAAUAAAAAACACUUUAACAACCAAAACCCUAAAUUUCAAAUAAAAUUAAACCCUACAGCAAUACAACUAGGUAGCUCCAUCGAAGCAACAAAUUGGAAUCACCCGAACUCAACUGGCCGGAAAACAAAAGGUUGCCGGAAACGCUAAAGAAGUGGAUUCCUCUCUCGCGUUCGUUCGACUCUGUUCUUCUUCUCCUCUCUCGCGUUCGAUUCCAUCCGAAGGACAAGUCAUCGUCGCCGCCACCUGUGCAACCUCCCACGCCGCCGUCUUCGUCUUCGCUGGAAUGUCGGAGAAAAAGCCAGUGGUUGGCCUCUCAUGGCAACCACAGUUGCCUUUUCCAUCUCUGUCAAAGGCUACAAAUGAUCCAUCUCAUGCCCAAUUCCAAGACAAGGCACCAAGUAGCACUAUUUGGAAACCAAAUUCCGAAUUGGUUAGUGGGCUAUUGGUUCCUCCCAAUGAUCCCAGAAAAUUAAAUAAGUUAUUGAGACAGCAAGUUAAGGAUACUGCUGGAAAAAGAUGGUUUGACAUGCCUGCUCAAACCAUGACCCCUGAGCUGCAGAGAAAUCUGAAGUUACUAAAGUUGAGGGAUGCCAUUGAUCCAAAACGGCACUACAAGAAGGGUGAUUCAAAAUCAAAGAGUCUUCCAAAAUACUUUCAGAUCGGAACAGUUGUAGGUUCUCCGCUGGACUACUUCUCAGGCAGAUUAACAAAGAAAGAAAGGAAAGAAACGUUUGCAGAUGAGUUGCUUGCUGAUCAAAAAGAUUCAGCUUACAGGAAGCGUAAGGUUCGAGAAAUCGAAGAGCAGAGGCAACCAGCUGGGAAUGAAAAGUGGAAGAUCAGAGGCCAGAGUUCUCGGAAACGUGCAAAAGAAAGGAGGAAGUUCUGAAUUUUACAGACUUGUUGGUUGGAGUUUAUUGCAUUCAGUUUUGUUUACAAGUCUGGAAAUUAAUGCAAUGGAACAAUUUAUAAUGGUUAUAUUUAGUCGAUUUAUAUAAUAAGUCUAGUCAGUGUUUGGAGUCUCAUUUUUGUAUUAUGGAAAUUUAUGGUCGUAAUUUCUUUCAACUUUAGCAUUUGUAUCAUAAGAAUUAGUUAUUGUUGUUUAAGCUCAUUUUUAAAAAAAUGAAGAAGUGAACAUUUAGAA